AUGGGCGCGUCCAUAUCCAAGGCCAUGGCCAAGAUCUUCGGAUCAAAGGAGAUGCGGCUGCUGAUGCUGGGCCUCGACGCCGCUGGAAAGACGACCAUCCUUUACAAGCUCAAGCUUGACCAAGAUGUCACCACCAUCCCCACCGUCGGCUUCAACGUCGAGACUGUCACAUAUAAGAAUACCAAGUUCAACGUCUGGGACGUCGGCGGCCAAGACAAGAUCCGCCCGCUGUGGAGGCAUUACUUCUCUGGAACCCAGGGACUCAUCUUCGUCAUCGACUCCAACGACCGCGCCCGUAUCGAGGAGGCAAAGACGGAACUUACCCGCAUUAUCCAGGACAGGGAAAUGAAGGACGCGCUGUUGCUGGUAUUCGCCAACAAGCAGGACUUGAGCGGAGCGAUGCGACCCAAGGAGGUAUCCGAUCUACUACAAUUGGACAAGAUUGCCAAAGACCACGUAUGGAAAGUCGAGCCUAGCUGUGCAACAACAGGCGAGGGUAUUUUCGAGGGACUGGCAUGGCUCUCCAACAACGUAAAGCUGCCACCGGGCGCCAAGUAG